AUGUCAUCGGUUCUCAGAAAUGCCCGAAACCUUUCGGGAACAACGGGGUUGAGAGCCUACGUGCUCAAUAGACAUCGGUUGUGCCAGACAAAUCUACACCGUGCCAUACUACAUGAUGCCCGGGGCAAUUCCCGCUCUUUUCAAUCCACAACCUUUCCCAAUGAAACCGAUCCAUCUACAAUCGACACCAAGUCCUCCUCAUACGUCAACGAAAAUCCGCCCAGCGCAUCUACAAAAACCCAAGGCUCGACAUAUAAGCACAUAUCCGAAGGCGAGAAUAAGCCUAGCAAUUCUGCCAGCAUUAGAGUGAAACCGAAGCCCGCCGAAUAUCUUUCCAAAGCUCUGCGCAACACCGGUCAUGCUCUUGGCAAUGAUCAAUUGACUACAUCUGAUUGGCCUCAGUCAGUACGUGGCAGGGGAAAUCCGAGGACAGUUGGUCGACCGAAGAAACCAUCUCUGCCGGUGCUUCUUGGGGAGUACAUAAGAGAAGUGGAUCCAUUGUUGUCACCUACGUCGGAUAACCUCACUGGAAACAAAUUAGAUACGGCUCUCAAUGAAGUGUUCAGAGAGAAGAGCCGUGAUUAUUUAACUUCGCGUGGCUAUGAUGUUGCCGAUGUCACUGCAUGGGCGUGGAUUAUGAAGAGCCGGAAUCCUCAUGAGGCUAUGGUGCGGUUAUUCUUGCUGGAGUCCGACAAUACCAAAUCUGCUAUGAAUAUCCCAAGAAUCCCGACUUUCAUUCCACUCCACAUUCUGCGACAACAACAUCUUGAUGCUCACUCGUUUCGUCUACUUCUCAUUUAUUCUUUACAUAUCAUGAGCGGACAGCCGCUUCCAGCGGGGUUCAACCCCGCCAAAGUCCCCGAAGAUGGGUCUGAGCUACCCAAGGAAUUCCACCCCAGGAUAGAUUCGGGAACCUGCAUGACCUUGGUGGUUCGCCUCAUUCGUCAUGCGCGACGUGUAUGGCCCCAAGCCCUCCUCAUUAUUGCUCGUGCAUUUGCCCGCUUUCUGGCAGCUUCGAAAACGGGAGAGACAAAAGUGUCCAUUUUGGCAGCACGAAAUCAAGAUCGCAUAAAAACCACCCAAUUUAACACCUGUCUCUGGUUACUUUCCUUACCAGCCAAGGUUGCUCCUUACCGCUCGACACCAAUCCAACAGCAGGCGCAGUUUGAGCUUCUUAGGGCAAUGGCUUCCCACACGCCUGUGCUUCCUGUCUCUCGGCAGGGAUAUCGUGCAGUUGUUGCAGUUCAGCUAGCGCACAAGAAGACGGUAGAAGAGCGCCAAUCUGCUGAAUUGAAAGCUCCGUCUUGGCCUCCGUGGAAAGAAGAAAAGCUUGGAAUUGACUCUCAGCGCGGCAAUGAUGGAAUGUAUAGUCGUGCGAUGCAAGUACUUUCGCAAAUGAAGGACGCGGGAUACUCCCAUCGCCUUUGGGAAGAUAUUUCUUCCAUCCUAGCGGGCUGGGAUACAGAUGGCAGCCCAACAGUGCAAACGAGAGCUAUGAUGCGGCGUCCAAGGGCUUUUCCGGACACUCACAAAUACGAUUUGGACCACCAGGAAGUCUGGGUUUCCCGCAUUCGCUCCACGAGAACUGUACGUGAAGCUUGGGCCUGUUUUCUCUCCUAUCAGGACCGAGAUCUUCCUCCCAAGGCGGCCAUUUAUGCUGCAAUGGCUGAAAAGUUAAUCUACCGACGAAUUACGAUUCAAAACGGGAUUGACUAUAUGGGCCAUACCCUCCCGGGUGAUGGCCGCGAAGUUUAUCCUGAGCCGGAUUCUGCACGUGACAUUAUAUAUGUGCCCAUCGAGCCGCCUACGCUGGAUGAAUUGGUCAACCAGAUGCUCUCACAUGGGCUCCGGCCCUCGGGAAGGUUCCUUGGUUUGCUGCUUCAAUCGGCUUCUUCCUUGCAUUCAGGUUUACAUUAUCUACAAUGCAGUGGCCUGACAAAGUCUCAAAUAUUCAUUCUGUCGACUAUACAAGUCAACUCAAACAAAUACUCGACACUGGAUACUGAAGCGUUCCAAGCAGUGCCAGACCAUGUAUUUGCAUCGUACAUCAAAUUCCUCUGCGCAUAUUCUGAUGUUGUGUCCUUGGAUAUCAAUCGCGGAGAUAUACUCACAGCCGACCGCUUCCCUGCUCUUGUGGCUACUACACGCUGGACUGGCCCGAAGACGGAUCUUUUGUCGCAUGUCAAGAAUCACCCAGGCCACGGGCAUUAUUCGAGAGGCCUAUGGCAUGCAAUUCAGCUGACCAAACUGCGGCGCGUCCCCUACACUCCAGCUUGGACCCAUAUCUUGUCUGCCUUGACUCGUGAACGAUUAGGUGAUAAUCACGGACCACAAAGUCGAAGUCUUCAACGCGUACUCUCAUGGCACCAGGCUCUGAAGACCAUGAGCUGGAUGCGACAACGUGACAUCGAGCUUGGCGAGGAAGGAUUCCGUAUCAUCUGUGUGGCAUUUGCGAGAGCGAUUGAUGCUGCCAUAAGGCAUCCUGGAACUGCCGACCAUAGCUUUGAACUGCUUGAUAAAGCUCAACCCCGUGAUCUCAAUGCGGAAGACGAAGGCGAUGACCACUUUGAAGCAUUGUUACGACAUGCGUUACAUGUCUUGAAGGAUCAAUUCGAUCACCUCGUUCUCCCAGCAUCGAAAUCCUCGGCGCAUGCAGAACGCAGUGUCUUUGCAGGAGGUACCUCUAAUUCGCCCCUCAGUGUUCCUUCCGUACUCCAUACACCAUCACCUGCGACACUGCAUGCCUUUGUUCGGGCUCUGGGGUCAGUUGGGGAUGACGACGGAUUGUUGCAUCUACUGCACUGGAUGGUUCAAUCAGCCGAUCAGCUCAGAGAAGCUACAGAAGAGCAUUCAAAUGGCCACAAAAUGAUGCGGCGAACCCUCACGGCGAUCCGGGUGUUCCUAGAGAGACGUCCCCAAAUGGACACGCGGGUACCGUCGGACUUGGUCAUGCAGGAGGCAUACGACCUAAUCAGCCGGACAGGCUGGGACUGGCCGAGUGAUGCAGAGGUCAAGCAUUAUUGCCAACCAUUGUAA